AUGGGCCAGUUUGGCUCACGUGAUCAAAGUUUGGGCGAAAGCGUCCUGGAAGAAGUGAUCGAAUCGAUCAAAAACGAGACGAUUCAAAAUGUGAUCAUCAUGUGCGGCGCUGGAAUUUCGACGAGCGCGGGCAUUCCUGAUUUUCGAUCGCCAUCUACUGGCUUGUACUUCAAGCUGAGAAAGUACAAUCUGCCUUUUCCGGAAGCUAUUUUUGAAGCCAGUUAUUUCAAGCAAAACCCGGCGCCGUUUUACCACCUCGUCCGCGAACUGUUUCCAGAAGAAUUGACUCCGACGGAUACGCAUCGAUUCUUCACCUUGCUUCAUGAAAAACGCAUCUUGAAGCGGAUCUACACUCAGAAUAUCGAUGCUCUCGAACAUAUCGCUGGAGUUCCCGAAGAAAAAAUCAUCGAAGCUCAUGGCACUUUUCACAGAAAUCAUUGCGUAAAAUGCAGAAAGGACUAUUCGCUCGAUUGGUUGAAAAAUCAGCUGUUUGGGGAUCGCGAAACUGGGCAGAAAUUUGAUGGAGGUGAUCCCGAUUAUGUUCCUAAAUGUGAAAGUUGCGGCGGGGUUGUCCGUCCAGAUAUCGUCUUCUUUGGAGAGGCCCUUCCCGACAAGCUCUGGAGAAAUAUCAAAAACGAUUUCUCCGCGUGCGACCUUCUCAUCGUCCUGGGAACAUCCCUAACUGUUCAACCCUUUGCAAAUCUCGUCGGAGAAGUUGCCAAGGGCGUCCCCCGACUAUUCAUCAACAGAACUAAACCUGGAAAAGCAGGUCUUCUCGGUUCACUGAUGGGAUUGGGAGCAGAUAUCGACUUCAAGCGAUCGAAAGACCAGCUUCUUUUGCAAGACUGCGACGAAACCGUCCACCAAAUCGUCGAAAAACUCUCCUGGGAGUCCGAUUUUGCCGCAAUUCCGAAAAAUUCCAUGAAAUUAUGA